GUGAGCAACCUGAGACGUCUGGCCUGUGGCUACUUUGCAGUUUGAUUGUGGAGACAGGUGGCCACUUGGUCUGCUGGAAGCCCCCGGGUGGUCAGGUCCCCAAUGGCAGCCUCCCAACUAGCAGCACUGGAAGGAGUGGAAUCAGGGACUGGGGAGCCCCGCCUGACGGAGGCCAGCCCAGGUUUCCUGUAUUCUGAGGGCCAGCGGCUGGCACUUGAAGCCCUGCUAAGUAAGGGAGUGGAAGCCUUUCGGUUGUGUGUGCAACAAGAGGGCCUGAGGCUCUUCCUGAGCACGGAUGAGGCCCAGGCUUUGGCUGUGGCUGCUGAGGACUGGAUAGUAGCGGGACAGGAUCCUGGAGGGUCAGGUGAAGGAGCCACCACCACUGAUGAGGAUGUGGACAGCCUUACCUACUGGCCCAGGAAGACCGAGGAGCCAGCGCCCCUGCUGCGGCUGGGCUGGCCGGAGGACACUGCAUGGAAAGGCAUCACCAGGGCACAGCUCUACACCCAGCCACCAUGUGAGGGCCACCCACCCAUUAAAGAGCUGGUGCGUGGGGAGAUCCAAGCUGCUUGCAAGCUGGUGGCCAUAGUCAUGGAUAUUUUCACCGACCCCGACCUGCUCUCAGACUUAGUGGACGCUGCCACACGACGAUGGGUGCCUGUCUAUCUGCUGCUCGACCGCCAGCAGCUGCCCUCCUUCCUGGUGAUGGCUCAGCAGCUGGGAGUUAACCCCUGGGCCACUGAGAACCUGGACAUCCGCACCGUGCGGGGCCACACCUUCCAGAGCCGCUGGCGACGCCAGGUGACUGGCCAUGUGCAGGAGAAAUUUGUGCUUCUUGAUGGGGACAGGGUCAUCUCGGGAUCCUACAGCUUCACAUGGAGUGAUGCUCGUCUGCAUCGGGGCCUGGUGACCCUGCUUACUGGGGAAAUUGCAGAUGCCUUCAGCCACGAGUUCCGCACACUGUAUGCGGCCUCAGGGCCACUCCCACCUGCGCCCACCCGGAACCUCCUCAGCCCACACCAUGUGGCCCUCCGCUGUCCAGUGGCCCCUGUGUCCCCACUGCUCCCUGGAGGCCCACUAGCCCAACGCUUGGCUGCCUGUCGAAUCCUUAAGGGGGAUGGACAGGAGGCCCCUGCCACCCCAGGGCCAGCUCUCAGUGACAUCCUAAGGAGUGUGCGUGCAAGGACAGCUAGUGGCCCACCGACCCGGCCUAGUCGUUCCCUGUGGGACCUCAGCCGCCUGUCCCAGCUGUCAGGUUCCAGUGAUGGUGACAAUGAGCUUAAGAAGUCAUGGGACUCCAAGGACACUCCUGCAAGGGCCCUGAUGAGGCAGCGGGGUGCUGGAGGGGGCCCCUGGGGUGAGAUGGACUCCCGUCCUUUGGCCUGGUCGCAGCCCUGGGGUGGGCCCCUGCCUGUGACUCCUGCCCGCCGCCUGCACUAUGUAUCUCCAGCCCGAAGGAGGUUGGGUGAUAAUUCUGCCUCAGACUGGACCCCUGGCUCAGGCCCUGGGCGGCGGCGCUGA